AAUAUUGCGAAAGUUCUUCGAGAAAUUCAAGGACAAGGAAUAACUAAAAAUUUGUAACAUAAUUGACGCAAAACUUUCACUUGUAUAUUUCACGAGAAAAUUAUUUCAAAUCUCGAAAGAUAUGAAAAACUGCGAGUUAGUCGUUUCGAUCACUAUAAUUAUCGAUUUAGAGAUAGUUAAUAUUAAUUUAUUUAGCUCCUUAGAGCCCCUCGACAUUAAAAUAUUUCUAUAUCUUGAAAUAAUGUGAAAUAUUAUUAUUGUUAUUUUAGAAAUAUUGCGAAGUAUCAAUAUUUUAAACAUCACGAAGUAUCUGAACUUCCGUUAAUUCCGUCAAAUAUUUCUUCAGAUAGAAACGAUGAAAAAUAGCACUGGCACUUUUGGAUCAUUGGAUAAUAUCAAAGAGGACGAAGAAGACGGCCAGUCUUGUGACUUAGGAAAUUACACAAUGUACAUAAAUUCCUCUGUUGACACUGUGUUCGAGAAAGAUCCGGAAGUUCCGGUGCUUACAAUGAAACGCUGCGGGUUUUCUUGGGGCACGGACGAAAGUCUACUAUCCAUCUCUGAUCUUACCUUUCCACGUGGUCAGCUGACGUUAAUUGUCGGGAAGACAGGAAGCGGGAAGACCUCCUUGUUGUUAGGAAUGUUAGGAGAGAUCCAAAGGACAACAGGAUCAAUCGAAUGGGCUAAAGGAGUCAAGGUUGCGUACGUGGCUCAGAAACCCUGGCUACAGAACGCCAGUUUAAGGGACAAUAUUCUUUUCGGAUCACCGUACAAAUCGAGAAGAUACAGAAACGUGUUGAAGGCAUGCGCUUUGCAGCCGGACGUGGACAUACUUCCGGGCCGUGAUUUCACGCGGAUAGGUGAAAAAGGGAUUAAUUUGAGCGGCGGUCAGAAGCAAAGGGUGACUGUGGCCAGAGCAUUCUACAGCGACGCGGAUGUUAUAAUAAUGGAUGAUCCAUUGUCUGCGUUGGAUCAUCAAGUUGGGCAACAGGUGUUCGAUCAAGGAAUCCGAAAAUUGCUGCUCAGAAGUGGACGCACUGUGAUUAUGAUUACUCAUCGAUUGGAAUUGUUGUCCACCGCUCAUCAACUGUUAAUCAUGGAUAUGGUUCAGGUCGUCGUCAUGGAUGGGUGUCGUGUUCGAGCAGUAGGAACGAAAUCGACGAUCGAAGACGCUGAUCCAGAAUUAGCGAUCGAAUGGAGGAAAACAGCGAUAAAUCAAGACGAAGAAUACCGUGCUCAUAGAACUGCCAAAGACAGAUGGGCAUUGAUUAAAUUAGCGUCCAGAAUCAGCGCAAGGAACAAACAACCUAGCGAUGAAUCAUGGAUCACGGAUCAAGACGUCCAUGUGAAUCCUCCGGCUUUUGUCCCAUUAAGGAUGAGAAGAGCUACCCUUUCUGGCUCCAGAUACUUAGCUCACGAUCUAACAGAUCUACCGGUGCCCACAGAGGAAUGGAACGUAGGGAAAAGGAAAUUCCAAUGCCAUCGAAACGCUGUCCGAUCGUCCAGUCUUCAACCUCAAAGACAACCACCCCCUGUUCUACGACAGAGCAGCACUCCAACAAUUCUUGAGAGUCAAUACACUGUGCCUAGGUAUCGCGUGAGUGAAACACCUACGCAUAAACUUUCCUUCUGUAAUUAUAAACGAAUGAGCUUCAUUUCCGAAAAUUUUCGUAGAAUCAUCAGCACGCAUUCCGACGAACUGACAACGAGACAAAACAGAGACAAAAGCGUGCUACGAAGAUUGAUAUCCCCCAACUCGAACAGACAGAUACAGUUUGCUAUCAAAAAGUACGAACAGAAUGAAUUCCAACGGGCAUCCUUUUUCACGCAGUGCUUUUGUUCAUUUAGAACGAAUCAAGAACAGGAGAAUGAUCGUUUCCCCCUUAAACGGUUGCUAUCGAUCGAAUCCAGAGGAACUAAUGAAUCCGAUGAAGUCGAGGGAAAAGACUGUGAUACGGAGGAACGAGAAGAAGAAUCUCGGUACGAAGACAAAAGUGGAAUAAUCACGAGAAUGAUCUUCUGUGAUUACGUUAAAUCAGGGGGUUGGAUACCAGGUCUAAUUUACAUAGGAGUGGCAGUUUUCUGUCAAACACUUCGAGUUUACAUCGAUCUCUGGCUGAGUCAGUGGACAAACGAAGACAACGUGAACUCCGAUCAAGAAAAUCGGAAUACGGUGUUCUAUUUUAAAGUCUAUAUAAUUCUCUCCGUUAUCUUUAUACUCUUAUCUUUCGUGUGUAAUGCGACUGGCCAAUGGACAGGCGCCAGGGCAAGAAAAAAAUUACACGAGGAGGCCGUGUCCAGACUUCUUAGAGUGCCAAUGUCUUUUUUCGAUAGUAAUCCUGUUGGGAAGAUUUUGAACAGAUUCAGCGCCGACACAGGUGUCAUUGAUAAGAAAAUAUCCAUGUCAAUCCAAAGACUGACAUUUUUCGUCCUACUGUGCAGUUCAGCAAUGAUGGUAAAUGUUAUCAUAUCACCGUGGUUCUUCAUUGCUGCUGUACCUACGUGUGCAGCUUAUUAUCUCGUCCAAAGAUUUUACAGACGCAGUGCCAAACAUUUGCAAAGAUUAGACGGCAGUACACGAUGGCCUAUCACAACGCAUUUCUCUGAAACACUUUGCGGACUAGCAACGUUACGUGCUUCCAAGCAACAGAAUCGUUUCAUGGAACAAGCUAUGAAAUGUCUAGAUGCCAACACGAACGCGUUCCUCCUUCUGAACUCCAGUAGUCGAUGGCUCGGCAUUGCUUUAGACUAUCUUGGUGCAGUGAUAGUUGGAUCAGCGACGUUCGCUGCUUUAAUUUCCACAGAAUUGUACCCAGAUCGUGUUACGCCUGCUCUAGUUGGUCUGGCGAUUAAUUACACCCUCUUAGUGCCAAUUUACUUAAAUUGGGUGGUGAAGUUCACGGCGGAGACCGAGAUGUAUUUUAGUAGCGUUGCUCGUAUCUCUGCUUACAGAUACGCCACUGUUGAGAACUAUCAGCAAAAUGUUUAUCAUGUACCUGAUACUUGGCCCACUAAAGGCGAAAUUACUUACGAAAAUGUUUCUCUGAGAUACGUUUCACAAACAGAGCCAGUGAUCUCGAACCUUUCGUUGAAAAUUCCAGCAGGUCAAAAGAUUGGAAUUUGUGGCAGAACCGGAAGCGGCAAGUCUUCCACAGCGAUGGCGUUGUUUCGACUGCUGGAAAUUACUCAAGGGCGUAUAUCGAUCGACGGGAUAAACGUCCGUCAAAUCCCCUUGGAAAUUCUUCGUUCGAGACUUUCAGCGAUUCCUCAGGAUGUGAUCAUGUUCAGUGGUACCAUUAGAGAAAAUUUGGAUCCUCUAUCAAAGCACAAAGAUCAAGAACUGUGGAAUGCUUUGGAAGUGGCGCAAAUCAAGGACAUUGUGGCCUCUCACUCUGAAGGUCUCAAUUUCGAGGUGAAAGAAGGAGGUGAAAACUUCUCUUCCGGUCAGCUGCAGCUGCUCUGUAUGGCGCGAGCGAUCCUCCGGAAGUCUUCGAUCGUCGUUCUCGACGAAGCAACCAGUGCGCUAGACGCUGUCACUGAGAAGUGUCUCUUGAAAGCAGUUUCAACUGCUUUCGAGAACAGAACAGUGAUCGUUAUCGCGCAUCGUGUAUCGGCGUUAUUAGACUGCGAUCGAGUGAUCGUGUUCCACGAUGGGAAGAUCGUCGAGGAUGGAUCGCCGGCAGAUCUAGCGCAACGACAAGACGGAUUCUUCGCGAAUAUGUUGAGGUCCAACGAAGAGAAUCAAGCGACCAGUUGU